AUGACUUGGUUUAUUAAGCAACCUCCGUAUUCCAUCUCCAACUUCACUGAUUUGUCAACUAAGUUUCUAACACAAUUCUCGGCCAAUCAAGCACAAAAGGCGACCCCAGCUGAUAUGUUCAAUAUUCGACAGCAUUCGGGCGAGCGUAUCAAAACUUACAUGUCCCGAUUCAGUAGAGUGUCAGUGCAGUUAGAGGACGCCAGUCCGGAUGUGUGUGUGGCGGCCUUCAAAAAUGGGCUCAGAUGUGGCUCAUUGAACAAAGAUUUGACUAGGCGGUCUGCCAAGGAUAUGAUGGAUCUGCGGGCACGGGUACAAGAGUUUAUCUUGGUUGAACAGGAUGAGCAAACUAAAAAAGAUAGGGACGACUGGCGAGCACAUCCAGAUGUCUCGUCCGAAAAAGGCCGCGCCCCUAAAGAUCAGCGACCCGCUCAGACACCGCGCCAGCCAAGGCCAGCGCCCUAUCCAGCAGGGCGACAUGGGCCACAAAGAGACAAUGCACAGCUUGACGCAGUCAAGAACAAGGGCGGUGAUUCCGCAAAGGGAAAGGAGGUCGUUGAGGAGUUAGGGGUACCCGCCGGGUCUUGCUUGUCAAUCGCAGGGGGAUUUGGCGGCGGGCGCAUAUCUAGCAAGGGAAGGAAAAGAUUUGUGGAGGCAGUAAACUCGGUUCACCACGCCUAUGAGGGGGAAUGUUGGCUGAACCAUACUCCAAUUACUUUUUCACCAAAAGAUUUUGAUCAUGUGAUACCGCAUGAUAACGAUCCCAUAGUGGUGACUCUGCGCGUGAAUAACUAUGUUACCAAGAAAGUUUUUCUCGACCAAGGCAGUUCUGCUGACAUCAUAUAUGGUGAUGCAUUUGAAAGAUUGGGCUUAAAGGAGUCGGAUUUAAAGCCAUAUAUGGGGUGUCUGGUUGGAUUCACAGGCGAUCGGGCCAAGGUCCGAGGCUACGUGGAGUUGGACACUGCUUUUGGUGAGGGUGAAUAUGUGAAGGAAUUUCAAGUAAAGUAUUUGGUUCUCCCGUGUAAGGCGACGUAUAAUGUGCUUCUAGGGCGUGAUACUUUGAACAAAAUAUGUGCAAUAAUUUCAACCGCCCAUUUGACAGUAAAGUAUCCGGCUUGCAAUGGAAAGGUGGGAAUCUUAAGGGUGGAUCAAGAAGCUGCCCGAGCAUGUUAUGCACAAAGUCUGGAACUUUAUGGCAAGAAGGCAGCCAAGGAGGCACAUCGCGUCACGGAGAUUUUUCCACAUGAGAAUUUCAACUUGGAUCCUCGGGAUGAUUCGGAAGAGUUGAGACCUCAGCCGGCGGGAGAAACCAAAUCUGUUCACUUAUCUGGGCGUGCUUUGAAGAUUGGAAGUACCUUGUCAAAGGAACAAGAGGACCGAUUGGUCGAGUUACUAAAAAAUAAUUUGAAUUUAUUCGCAUGGACAAUUAAGGAUGUUCCAGGCAUUGAUCCCAGCGUUAUAUCCCAUCAUUUGUCAAUUCAGCCAGGAGCAAAACCUGUUGUACAAGCUCGUAGGCGGAUGGGCGAGGAAAAGGACAAGGCAGUACAAAUAGAAACUCAAAAGUUGCUCGACGGAAAGUUCAUUAGAGAAGUCCAAUAUCCAACAUGGUUGGCAAAUGUUGUUAUGGUGCGCAAGGCUAAUGGUAAAUGGAGAAUGUGUACAGAUUACACAAGUCUAAACAAAGUUUGUCCAAAGGAUUCUUAUCCGCUCCCAAAUGUGGACAAGUUGGUAGAUGGGGCGUCUGGUAAUGAACUGCUCAGUUUAAUGGAUGCAUACUCCGGAUACAACCAAAUAAUGAUGUAUCGCCCUGAUGAGGAGAAAACGGCGUUCAUGACAAGAAGAAACAUGGAGGUAUAUGUUGAUGACAUGAUUGUUAAGACUGUCAAAGGGGGCGCCCAUCAUGAAGACUUGGCGGAGGCAUUUGCACAGAUCCGGAAGUACAAUAUGCGGUUGAAUCCAGAGAAAUGCUCCUUUGGAAUUUUAGGUGGCAAGUUUCUAGGAUUCAUGGUCACAUCAAGCGGGAUCGAGGUUAAUCCCGACAAAUGCAAAGCUAUAGUAAAUAUGAAAAGCCCAUCCAACAUUCGUGAAGUUCAGAGAUUAACAGGACGGUUGGCGGCCUUAUCUCGCUUUUUGCCAAAAGCAGGUGACAGGGCGGUGCCAUUCUUUGCGUGUUUGAAAAAAAAUACUACUUUUCAGUGGACAGGGGCGUGUGAGGAGGCCUUCCAGCAGCUUAAGGAGUUAUUAGCUUCACCCCCUAUGCUAGCUAAGCCAACGCCCGGGAUUCCUUUAAUUCUCUACUUGGCGGUCACCGAGGCGGCGGUUAGCACAGUUUUGCUUCAAGAAGAAAACAAGCAGUAUAAAAUCAUAUACUUUGUCAGCCACACGCUGCAAGGGGCGGAAGCGCGGUACCAAAAAAUAGAAAAGCCGAUACUAAAGACGGUCAGGCGACUUCGGCCAUACUUUCAGAGUUUCCAGAUAAAAGUCAAGACAGACAUUCCCUUGAGGCAAGUUUUACAAAAGCCUGAUUUGUCAGGGCGACUAGUGAGUUGGUCGAUUGAGCUGUCGGAAUAUGACAUUAGUUAUGAACCGAGAGGACAAGUCACGAUCCAAAGUCUGAUUGACUUUGUGGCAGAGUUAACGCCCACAGAGAGUGACAAAGAAAAUGCAGAGUGGGUACUUUCGGUGGAUGGCUCGUCUAAUGAAUCAGGAAGUGGGGCAGGCGUGUCGAUCGAAAGUCCGGACAAAAUGCUGAUUGAGCAAUCACUUAAGUUUGGGUUCAAGGCGAGCAAUAAUCAGUCUGAGUACGAAGCAUUAAUAGCAGGUUUGAGACUCGCCAUUGAAUUGGGAGUGCCAAAACUGUAUAUAAAGGGUGACUCACAGUUGGUAGUGAAGCAAGUACGCGGUGAAUAUCAGGUGAAGGAUCCGCAAUUGUCCAAGUACCUAGAAAUUGUUCAAAGGCUUAUGCAGGCGAUUGGACAUGUAAGGAUCGAGCACAUACCAAGAAGUCAAAACGAGCGUGCGGAUGCAUUGGCUAAACUAGCUAGCACUGGGCGCCUCGGAAACUAUCAAACUGUCAUACAAGAAGUUUUGCCUCAUCCAAGUACAGACAUGGUAGAGUUCAAAGUGGCGAAGGCUAUAGGAAAUGGAGAGCCAUCUUGGACGGAUCCAAUCAUUGAAUUCUUAAGUCAACAACCGCAAGAUGAAAGCAAAAACACAAAGGAAAGAAGGCGUGAGGCUAGCUUUUAUACUUUGGUGGGUGGACAGCUGUAUAGGCGGGGAAUUAUGUCUCCAAUGCUUAAAUGA